GCCGGCGGCCGUCGCUGGCGGCCCGGCCCGCCAUGAGCAGAGCGCAGCUGACGCGGACGGGGAUCCUGCGGAUGGCGCUGGGCGGCGGCGCUGACCCGCUGCUGCCGGCGGAGGGCGGCGGGGGCCGGCAGGCGCCCUUCCUGCUGCGGGCGCUGCGCAUCGCCGUGGUGGUCUGCCUCUACUGGUUCACCUCCAUCGCCAUGGUCUUCCUCAACAAGUACCUGCUGGACAGCCCCUCGCUGCGCCUCGACGCGCCGCUCUUCGUCACCUUCUUCCAGUGCGCCCUCACGGCCGCGCUCUGCCUGGGCCUCAGCCUGGGGGCGGCCUGCGGGCCCCCCUGCGCCGGCCUGCCCGCCCUCCGCCUCGACCCCAAGGUGUCCCGCAGCGUCCUGCCCCUCUCCGCCGUCUUCAUCGGCAUGGUCACCUCCAACAACCUCUGCCUCAAGCAUGUCGGCGUGGCCUUCUACAACGUGGGGCGCUCCCUCACCACCGUGUUCAACGUGCUGCUCUCCUACCUCCUCCUCAAGCAGACCACCUCCCUCUAUGCCCUUCUGGCCUGCGGAGUCAUCAUAGGUGGCUUCUGGCUGGGUGUUGACCAGGAAGGAGCAGAGGGUACUCUGUCAUGGACAGGUAUAUUCUUUGGGAUCUUAGCAAGCCUUUGUGUCUCUCUCAAUGCCAUCUACACCAAGAAGGUGCUGCCUGUGGUGGAUGGUAGCAUCUGGCGCCUGACCUUCUACAACAACAUCAACGCUUGCGUCCUGUUCUUCCCCCUCAUGGUGCUGCUGGGCGAGUUCCGCACCCUCUACCACUUUGACAAGCUGGGGAGCCCCGGUUUUUGGGGCAUGAUGACCUUGGGGGGAGUGUUUGGCUUUGCCAUUGGGUACGUGACUGGACUUCAGAUUAAGUUCACUAGCCCACUCACCCACAAUGUGUCUGGGACAGCCAAGGCCUGUGCACAAACAGUGCUGGCUGUUAUCUACUUUGAGGAGACAAAGAGCUUCUUGUGGUGGACGAGUAACUUGAUGGUUCUGGGGGGCUCCUUUGCCUACACGUGGGUGAAAGGACUGGAAAUGAGAAAGGUGCAAGAGGAUCCUAAUGUUAAAAGUGGUGAAAGAAAUGAGACUGGUGUGUAGGUGGCUCCUGCACCUCUAUAUUUGGGACUGGACGGAUAACCUUUGGUGCUCCUUUCCUCCUGGGGAGAAGAAGAGCAAGGAGCAGGAAAAAAUGCACCUGCAAAGUGUAUGGGGAACUGUGUCAGGAACCAGAGCCAAAGACCUGACUGGAUGAUGUUUUAUCUCACCCUGUUGUCAGAGAUGGGGAGAGCAUGUGUUGUGGAGAUCAACUGGGUUGGGUUUUUUUUGUGAUUGUUUUUUAAAAUGGAUGUUGUUAUUUACCUAAUCUGGGAAAUUUGCAUCUUGUUGGGGGUGGGGGGGGGUGGUGAUGUGGGCUCCUAUCAGACACAGACUGGAAUGGGAGCUUUGUGUAGUUAGGGAUCUAAAAUUAACUGAAUGAAUGCAAUCUGGAGUUAUAAAAUCCUGAACCUGCAGGUAAGGAAGAGGCAGGUAGCCAGACUGUCUGCGUUAGAAUUCAGUAAACUGUUUUGCUGUAUAAGGUUUUUGCAACAGCUGUUCUUCCUGUUGCCCCAUUCAGUGCAGACGAUGGAAAUUCUCUCCCUUCUGGCUAUGUACAAGUCUAAGCAACAGCAGUGCCACCAAAACACCUUUCCAAAGAGUAUCACAUCCUUCUGAGGUUUUUUCCUGUGUUGCUUUAUAACUGGUUUCUCAAUUUGAGGAAGCAUGGUAAGAGUCAGGAAUUAAACUUCUCAUU